AUGAAUGGGGUCGAUUCCGAUGAUCAUUCAAGACAAAGACAAAGGCACUCUAAUGCUACUACAGCAAGAGCAGCAACAGCAACAACAACAACAACAACAACAACAACAUCAACAACGACAACGACAACAACAACGGGAACAGCAACAUCAAUAACAACGUCGCCAAUAAUUAGAAUACAAGGAUUACCAAAAAACAGUAGUUGUGAUGAGAAACGAGGUAUUCUACGAAGUCUUUCAUUUCAGUUUAGUACAUCGUUAAAUCGUGGCAGACGUCGUAUAGCUGAUGUAUUUGAUAAUUCGGAUGAUGCUGAACAACAAAGCAUGCUUAAUCAUCGAAGUUGUAAAUCGAAUCGUCUUGAAUUAGCCAUGUAUUCGUCAACAUUUGGUGUACAACAUUAUGGUAUUAUGUUAAAGCAAAGUAAACGAAAAAAUCGUACAGCAAAAUGGAAUAAACGAUUUUUCGUACUCAAAGAAUGCUUUCUCAUUUAUUAUAAGGUAUCGGAGAAGAAAAUAUUUGAGAAAACAAGACGAAUGAAUUUGCACCCAAAGGGAAUUGUUCCACUUGUUGGUUGUUCUGUAGUAGCUGGCCAAGAUCAUGGACACAAGAAUUGUUUACUGAUAACACAUACACAAUUCAAAUCAGCUAUUAUUGUUUGCACACCGGAUUCGAAAGCACAAGAAAGUUGGCUAAUUGCUUUACGUGAUGCUACGAAAAU